GGGUUCAGUCGGCUUUAGCCUCUGUCAGAGUCGACACUAGCGCGUUCCCGCGUUCGCACUUUGAAGGGUUUUUUUCUCUUCUUCUUCUUGCUUCCUUUUAUUGUACUGUGCCGUUUGCCAUCCUCGCGGCUGUCAUCAGGUGUGUUUGGUAAAAAAAAAGGGGGAACAAGUCGAGAAGCCGUCAAAAAUCACUUUAUUCUUGUAACUUUGUGUGUGUGUGUCUGCUAGACAGUGAAGACAUCGGACAACGGGUGGAAAAUAAAAGUUAUUUUGUGUGUUUAUCGAGCGGGAGUCACGCCGUCAUUUCGUGUAGACCAGCAGCGACGAGUUGUUUGCCAACUAAUAUCAUCACCGGACGUGUCAUUCUUCUUCUUCCCGUUUGAAUUUGAGUGAUUUGAUUGUUUGGAAAAGGGACAGCCAACAAAUAAGUGAAGAUAAAAACAAUUGACAGUCCUCGAGAAAAAACAACAAAAAAGUUGUGGGUCGUCACGUCGGCCAGCGACGACGGAUGGGAUGAUGUCUUGGUGGCUCUGAAGAAACACUGAGGGGGUGUGUGUGUGCGCGAGUGCAGCAAGAAGCUUUUCACGCAUUGAAUCGCAAUAAAAUUUCAGUGGAGGGACGGGCGCCCUGGCUGGGAAUUGUCCGCGCUCGACGACGACGAGGACGACGACGGAGAACAAGUCGACACCCCGCCGCAUAAUUGAUAAGCGCACACAGCAAUAAUGGAUCGAGACUCGUUAAGGAGCGGCGGCGGUGGCGUCGCUAGGAGGAGCAAGUCGCAAUCGCGUGGAUCGAUGCAACAGCAGCAGCAGCAGCAGCGCAAGCCGUUUGGCGUUCCGGCAGUGCUGUUGCCCAGCACCAACAGUGGCGACGCUCCAGCCCGUCUUGGUUCGUCAGCAGCUCUAUUCGACUCUUGCGGAGGAGGAGGACAAUCCAGUAGAGUCAGCGACGCCCAAUCGGCUCUCUACGAAUCCAUCGACGACGACAUCAUCUACGAUCAAGGUUUUCAAAUGUCUUCGAGGCGCCAGGCCGUCGACAAGCUGGACCGGACCAUCACUCGACUCUACACGUAUCUGAGUGGGUCGGAGGAGGGCGAGGACGCCAACGAACUUGCAUCAUCGGGUCCGGGCAAUCAUCAAGCAUCGCCCAGUCAUCCCAUCCAGCAGCAGCAGCAGCAGCAACAACAACAGCGUGGCAGGAGGUCGCAACAACCGCCGCCACAACCGCCGCAGCGCAGCAGCAACAACAACAACAACUUCCAGCAACAUCAUCAUCAUCAUCUCGGCCAGCACCACCAGCAGCAGCAGCAGCAGGAGCCCGAGUACCAGCAGCCGUACGCUUACCCGCCGGCCCAUGCCCAUGCGUUCAACCCUCCGCCGCUGCCGUCUCAGCAACUCUUCAGCGGGCCGGGCAACAACUCGCUGGGAGGAUCGACGCCCACGUCCAACAACAGCAGCGACCACGCCUCGGAAAUUACCUUCACCGAAUCCGAACUGGCGUUGACUCACCAGGGCACUCUGCCCAUCUCCGGCAACGUUGGACUUUUGGUGCUGGACGACGACGAGGAAGACGAAUUGGACCGCGAAGUGGAUGAUCACAUUAGCGUGCAACAACAGCAACAACAGUACCAGACGCCUCCGUCGCGAGGUACCAACAGCAGCAGCAGUAUGGGCCGCCUCAACGGCCGCCAAAUGGGCGGCGGCGGUGGUCACGGUCCGUCGUCGACGGGCCUGACGACUUUGGUGUCGUCGUCAACCGGAUCGACGUACCCGCACCGUGGCGGCGGCGGCGGCGGAAUGAUGAUGGCCCAGCACGUGCCGCACUACCAACUGCCGCCCACGCCGCCUCAUCAUCCCAUCCAUCCGCAUCUCAGCAGCUACGGCGUCCAGCAUCCGCACCACGUCGCCAAUAACAGCUUCAGCACAAAAGAUGUCAUGGACAACGACAUGCUGGACAGCGAUCCCACAACUCUACUCAAACAGGCCCCGUCCGGCUCCAAGUUUAUCCCGGCCGACCUGCCCAAGAGCUCGACGCUGGACUACAAACACAAUUUGGCCGGCAGUCCCACCAAGAGUAAUAACGACAUGAAACAGCAGCAACUACUACAACAGCAGCAGCAGCAGCAGCAACAACAACCCGACCGGUGUUUGCUGAGAAUGUCCGGCGUCCGCCCGCAGUCGAGCCUCUUCAGUCCGACUAGCCCACACAACCGAAACAUGGGCGGAGUGGGAGCCCUGCGGAAGAGUCUCAGCUUCUCGUCGCGAUGUUCCUGGAAGUGCACGGCCAUCUUGUUGAUGUUGACUUCGGCCGUCCUGGCCGCCGCCGUCGCUUAUCUAACAGCGGCCCACUUUGUCAACUGGCCACCGCAGCCGGCCAAAUCUCACGCUGUCAUCGGGGAAGGUGGCAGCGGCGACGGUAACGGUUACACGAUGACGGGCGGCGAGAAUGUCAACGGCAGCAGCGGCGGCGGAGGCGGCGGAAGCAACACCCUCGGAGGUAAUAACGACUUAGCCUCUCUCCUUGUCCGUCUUUCCCAGCAAGAACAAAGCCAACUUGUCCGGCUGGCUCGUCUCGUGAGUUUCAGUCGGCGGCGUCGCCAUCGUUAUUCCCCAAUUCUUCUGCCCGUCGGCGACAAUGUCCGUCCAAUUGUUCCUCCUCCUUUCUCUCCCCUCCGAUCCUUGCACAGUCAGCGGAUGAAACGGAAUCUUCCGGCGGCUGGGCAAGCGGCAGCGGCCAGCAAACAAUCGCCAGACGAUCAAGACGAUCAUGACGACGACGAGCUCAUCUGGGAAAUGCUGCGCGACUGGAUCGCCCAAGAGCAGCGGAUGAUGGCCGCCGACCAGCCGCCGUCGGAACGGCCUCGGCAGAGAGGCCAGCAGGAAGAUGGGCCGUCGGCGGAAGAGGCCGAGUCUUUCGAAAGCAGCGGCGAUGACAAAGAAACGGUGGCGGCCAUUGUCGCCACCAAGAAAACGGGAGGCAAAAUCGUCACGGUCGAGCUGCUGGGCGAGACGAAAGAAGCCAAUCCGGCCAGAGUGGAGGAGCGUUUUGUUGAUGACUUGGUUCCGGCCGAGGAGAUGGCCGUGGCCGAAUCGCUCAUUCUCCUCCCGUCGACCUCCCCUGCCAAGCCCCAAAUCCAUCCAGCCCAGCAACAGCAACCGAAAGAUUCAACGGGGCGGCAGCCUUCACCGGCCAGAUCGGAUGCUGCAUCAUUCAACGGCAGUCAGACCUCUGCCGGGCAGCAUUUGUUGUUGCUGACCGGAGAAGAAGACGAGGAGGACGACGGUGAGGGUGAGGGUCGGGCGUCGACGGAAUUCGCGUACGACGAUCACGUCGUCGAAAUCGUUCAGCUGGAUCCUUUGCCGGCGGUAAUUCCGGUGGUGGCAGGGUCGCAGCUGCGACGCCAAGAGGAGCCAGCAGAGGAGCCUCUUAUGAAUAAAACAACAUCCAAUUCCGCGGUGGAUGUCAUCGCCGACAGCUCGUCUCAUCCAUCAAGCGGCGGCGGCGGUGACGACGAAGAAGACGACUUUAAGCUUCUUUCCCAACCACCUCCGCCGGGCCGGGAACCAGCAGCAGUCGGCACGAUCGGCCCGUCUCAAAAUGAUGACGUCCCCAGAUUAUCGUCGUCGUCGGCGCAGGAGAAGGAGGAGGAGGCAGCAGCCGCCGGAUCGACUCUCCCCAUCCUCGAUGCUAAUGUCUCGUCGCAGCCGUUGAACGGCACUAACGACACUCUUCCGCCGGACGGCGAUGAAAUUGAGCCGGAUCCAGCCGUCAACGGCACUUGGCCGCCGCCGGUGAUUGUGCCCCCGGCCCGUCCUUGGCUGGCAGCCGCCGACGGCGAUGCUAAUGGCGUUGUCAGAGACUCCUCCUCCCAGUCGCUCCUAUCAGUCAGCAGCCUGGCGGGCAACAUUUCCGAAGAACUAUUGUCACCCUGGUUGCCGCCGGACGUCAUCAGCUAUCGCGGACCUGUCGUCCAGUCAGAUUUCUUGACUCCAACAGAAUCCACAGCCACUGCUGUUACUGCUGCUGCUGCUGCUGCUGCUGCUGCUGCCUCCCCGGCCGACUACGCCGGAUGCGAUUGUCAAUGCCCUUUUGCUGACGCUCUCACUACUCCCUCGACUGAUUCUGAUGCUGCUGCUGUUGAUUCGAUUCCGACUUCCGUCUUGACCACUCCCCAAUCAAUCCCCGACCCUGUCCCGCUCAGCUGUCCUACUCCUCCUCCUCCUCCUCCUCCUCUGCCGGCCUGCGUCAGGACGGAAGCCUUGACUACCACCACUACGGCAAUGCCGACCACAACGACGGAAGCCACAACCACUCCGACACCAACAACAACGACUGCCACCACCACCACUAAGAUGAUCCCUCCGAUAUUGAUCCUAGAAGGUAGCAACACGUUUCCGGCUCGAAGUUUCCCACCGGACGGGACGACGUUUGCCCAGGUGACGCUGGGUGACAAGAUAUCCAACGUCAUACCGCCGUACAGCUACUGGAACAUGCAGUUUUACCAUUCGGAAGCGGCUUACGUCCGAUUCGAGCUCGGUCUACCGCGCAGCGCCAGUCUGGGACUCUACGGACGACGCAACGCCCUGCCCACGCACACCCACUACGACAUGCUUCACAUCAUCAGCGGCUACAAGAGCCGCUCCCGGCGAGCCUCAACGUCGCUGGUCCAGAAGGAGGUCCUGCACUACAUGGAGCCGGGCCAUUGGUUCGUUUCGCUUUACAACGAUGACGGCGACCCGCAGGAGGCCACCUGUCUCAUCUCUCUGGCUCGUGACAUGACUCUAAGCUGCCCGCGCGGAUGCAACGGCAACGGCGAAUGCAUUUUGGGACGAUGCCAGUGCAAAUCCGGUUUCGGCGGAGAUGAUUGCAGCGAGAGUGUCUGCCCGGUCCUGUGCAGCGGACGAGGUGACUACAUCAACGGCCAAUGCCAGUGCAAUCCAGGAUGGAAAGGUCGCGAAUGCAGUUUGAAACACGACGAAUGCGAAGUGCCGGAUUGCUCCGGCCAUGGCAAAUGUUCCGGCGGCAAAUGCCUCUGCGGACGUGGCUUUAAGGGCGAAUUCUGCGAUAUUGUCGAUUGCCCUCAUCCGACCUGCUCCGACCACGGAUUCUGCGUUGACGGGACCUGCCUGUGCAAGAAAGGCUGGAAGGGCCCAGAUUGCGCCCUUGUGGACAGCGACGCCAUGCAGUGCCUGCCCGACUGCUCCGGCACCCAAGGCGCUUUCAGUUUGGAGCUGCACAAAUGCGUUUGCAACAGCGGCUGGACCGGUGACGAUUGCUCCAAAUCGGCUUGCGGCAUCAACUGCGGCGGACACGGGAGGUGCGAGGCCAGCGCCUGCGUUUGCGACCCCGGAUGGGCCGGCGAGUUCUGCCAGGAGCGGCUCUGCGAUUCCCGGUGCAACGAGCACGGCCAGUGCAAGAACGGCACCUGCCUCUGCGUCACGGGCUGGAACGGCAAGCACUGCACUCUGGAGGGCUGCCCGCGCGAUUGCUCCAAGCGAGGCCAGUGCAAGUCGACGGAAGGAAGCGGCGGCUGGAGCUGCCGCUGCGACAAAGGCUGGGAAGGACCGGAUUGCAGCAUCCCCCUCGAGCUGGAAUGCGACGACGGCAAAGACAACGACAAGGACGGCCUGCUGGACUGCGAGGACUCUGACUGUUGCGCCACGCGCCACUGCAAGAAAUCUCCGUUCUGCGUCACGGCCCCCAAGCCCAUCGACAUCCUGUUGCGCAAACAACCGCCGGCCGUCACGGCUUCCUUCUACGAGCGCAUGAAGUUCCUCAUCGAAGAAGGAAGUCUUCAAAGUUACGCCAAACAGGAUGCCUUCAAUGAGAGUAUGUUCUGGAGUCACUUCAACUCGAGCCGAUCUGCAGUUGUGCGAGGUAAAGUGGUGGCUGCUAGCGGAUUGGGACUUUUCGGUGUCCGAGUCAGCAGCAGCAAUCCGCUGGAAGGUUUCACUCUGACCCGAGACGACGGAUGGUUUGAUUUAAUGGUCAACGGAGGUGGAUCAGUCGUCAUUCAUUUCGGACGAACUCCCUUCCGCCCAACAUCCCGCACCGUCAACGUACCCUGGAAUGAGGUCAUCAUUUUGGACGUAGUGGCCAUGAAAACCGAGGACGUUCCGCCCGCACCGGCCGUUAGUGUUCUGUGCGAAGCCCACGACUUUGACGCCAUGCGACCGGUUGUUUUAGCUACCUGGAAGCACGGAUUCCAAGGCUCCUGUCCGGCUCAGAGCGCCAUUUUGGCCGAGUCGCAAGUUGUUCAGGAGAGCCUCGAAGUGCCCGGCACUGGCGCCCAUUUGGUCUAUCACAGUUCACGAAGCGCCGGCUAUCUUUCCACCAUUCAAUUGCAGUUGACUCCGGACAUUAUUCCGCAAUCACUCAGCCGAAUCCAUUUGCGGAUUACCAUAGAAGGCGUCCUAUUCGAGAAACUAUUUGAAGCCGAUCCCGGAAUCAAAUAUACUUACGCCUGGAAUCGCUUUAACGUCUACAGGCAACGUGUUUACGGAGUGACGACGGCCACCGUCAAAGUUGGUUACGAGUACACCACCUGCCCGGAUGUCUUGUGGGAAGUGCAAACCACCAAACUGAGCGGACACGACAUGAGCAUCUCGGACAUUGGCGGAUGGAAUCUCGACAUCCAUCAUCGUUACAACUUCCACGAAGGCAUUCUCCAAAAGGGAGACGGAAGCAACAUGUACCUACGCUACAGGCCGGAAGUCUUGCGCACCGUUAUGGGCGAUGGACACCAGCGACCGCUGGAAUGCUCCAGUGCAGCUUGCGAAGGCCCGGCUGUCAAGCAGCGCGUCCUGGCACCUGUGGCCCUGACGGCCUCACCCGACGGCUCCAUCUACGUCGGUGAUUUCAAUCUCAUUCGACGGAUCGGGACCGACGGAAACGUCAAGACGCUGUUGCGGCUCAACGCCACCAGAGUUUCCUACCGCUACCACAUGGCGUUGAGCCCCGUCGACAAUGUCCUGUACUUGUCCGAUCCCGAGGCUCACCAAAUCAUCCGCGUUCGCAACAUGAACGACUACAACGAUCCCGAACGCAACUGGGAGCCGAUUAUCGGAUCCGGCGAGCGUUGCUUACCUGGCGAUGAAUUCAACUGCGGCGACGGCGGUUUGGCUCGUGAAGCCAAAUUGGCCUACCCGAAAGGCGUAGCCGUUGCGGCCGAUGGAACUGUCUACUUCGCCGACGGAACCAACAUCCGGGCUGUUGACAAGGACGGACUCAUCAGCACCAUUGUCGGCAACCACCAACACCGGACACACUGGAACCCGAUGCCGUGCGAGGGAACUCUUCCGCUCGGAGAGGUCCGACUCCGCUGGCCAACCGAAAUCGCCAUCGAUCCUCUCGACGGUGCCCUUCACAUCAUCGACGACCAUAUGAUUGUCCGUUUGACCAGCGAUGGUCGGAUGAAGAUCGUCGCCGGUAAACCACUUCACUGCCCGGCCAGUCCGACGUCGGAUUCCGUUGAUCUUGCCACUCAGGCCGGUCUGGUGAUGCCGCAAAGUUUGGCAUUCGGACCCAACGGCGACCUCUACGUGGCGGAAAGCGACUCGCAACGAAUCAAUCGCGUCCGCAGGAUCGGAACCGACGGACGGAUUAUCACCGUCGCCGGAGCCGAAUCCAAAUGCAAUUGCCUGGACUCUGGUUGCAAUUGCUACGACGAGGAGCGUCACUUGGCGACGGCCUCGCGUUUCAACACCAUUUCGGCCAUCGCCGUUUCGCCGGACGGCGUCCUGCACAUUUGCGAUCAAGCCAACUACCGCUUGAGGGCCGUCACGUCCAGCCUGCCGACUGAAACGGGAACUUCCAGCACGACCACCUUUGAUAUUUACUCGCCGGAGACGCAAGAGAUUUACGUUUUCAAUCGAUUCGGCCAGCACGUUGCCACCAAGAGCAUGGUGACGGGACGGAAUAUCUACCUGUUCGGCUACAACGUCAACACCAGCAACGGAAAGGUCAGCACUGUCACCGACUCUGCCGGAAACAAGAUCUUUUUGCUGCGAGACUAUUCCAAUCAAGUGACGUCCAUUGAAAACACGCGCGGACACAAGUGCCGUCUACGGAUGUCACGAACUCGACUCCUGCAGGAAUUUUCGACGCCCGAAGGACGAAACGUCACGUUUGACUAUCACGGCUCCACUGGACUGCUCAAGUCACGGGCUGAUUCCGGCCGCGGUCAAAGCGUUUCCUACCAGUACGACGACAACGGCCGUCUCAUCUCGGCCAUCUCUCCUACCGGCGAAGUUAUCAAAUUGACUUUUGAUCUGAGCCUCAAAGGCGCCUCCGUUCAAGUCGUCCACGGCAGCCGCAGUCCGGUCGUCUACUUCAUCAAGCCGGGCUGGUCCGUCAGCAAGAAAAUUGGACAGGCCGAAGAGGUCGUCUCCAUGCAACCGGACAGGAGUGUGGUGAUUCUGACUCCUUUCGGCCACCUGACGGCCACCGAGACCAGUCCGUACGGAGCCGUUUUGGGCGAAUCCGACUCUUCCCUGGCCGAAACUUUCCCCGUUCCGGCCAAGCAGAAAGUGGAGAUUGGCGGCGAACUAGUCAGUCGGCUCGAGUGGCGUUACUUUGUUCGCCGCCGCCGGGCGGAGAAGAAAGAUUUCGUCCAGCUGGGCAAGAGAAUGCGCGUCAACGGCGAAAACCUGCUCACCGUCGAGUACGACAAGGAGAGUUUGAGCGAGGCCAUCUUCAUGGAAGACAGGGCCGUCGAGCUGCUCAACAUCACCUACGACGACAUGUCGAGACCCAUCAGCUGGACACCGGGUCGAUCUUCUUCCUUUGCCGGAGUCGAAGUGAGCUACGAUCGAUUCGGCCAGCUGGCCAUGUGGAGACAAGGCGAUCUCUCCGAGUCGUACAACUACGACAGAUCCGGCCGUUUGGCGGAAGUGGUUUUCGCGGACGGCAACAAACUGAUUUACUCAUUCCGCGAUGCUUUCGCCACUCUUCCGUCGCAAUUCACCACCGAGCGCGGCCACACUUUCCUCCUCCAUCACAACAAUAUCGGCGCCCUGCAGUCGGUCACGACUCCUCGAGGCCACAUCCACUCGUUCGGCUUGCAAAUGGUUCCGGGCGGAACGAAAUUCCUGUACCACUCGCCCGCCAGUCGCCAGCCCUUCCAGCUCCUGUUGGACGACCAGGGACGCGUCCAGUCCAAAUUGUACCCAGUCGGAGCCCGGAUCGUCUACCUCUACGACGACGAAUCUCGACUCUCGAAAAUCAUAUCCGGCGUGGCGGAGACAUCGCUGGACUAUUACAGCGACACGGGUCUAUUGAAGACGGCCGAAGUGAAAGAGCGGCCCGGUUACGAAGUCCGCAACGAAUUCAAAUACCACGGCGGUCUGGUCAAGGAAGAGCGGACGAAAUUCGGCAGUAAAACGGGACUGGACAACGCCCGGACUCGAUGCAAGUACGACGGUAACGGGCGUCUGGCUUUGAUCGAAACGGAACUCAACGGCCGCGAACUCCCGCCGCACGCCUUCUCCUACAACCAGAAUCUGGGCUUGCUGGAGGGCGUCAACGACCUGCGCGUCUACCGCAACGCCUUCAACCGCACCGUCAUCCAGGACUCGACCAAGCACUACUUCCGCAUUUCCGACCGCGAUCAACACGGACGCACCGCCAUGGCCCUCAUCAACAUCAAGGGCUACGACGCAUUCAAAUUCGAGCUGGACUUUGACGUCAGAGGACGAGUGCACCACCGCCGGAUCACCAUCGGUCAAAAGCUCAUGAGCUACAACGUGACGUACAACGCCGAGGGUGGAUUGCUCCAAGUCCAGCAUCAAUCGCAAGGAUUUUCUUCCGCCGGAUCCCUGGCCGGAGUCGGAGGAAGGAGCUACGCCUACACUUACGACGACAACGGCAACAUUUUGACAAUGUCCAACGGAGAACAAGCGAAAAUCAGUUUGGUCUACGACGCUGGCGAUCGUGUCAGUUCCUUCGGCGAAGGGCAAACGGUCGCCUACGAUUCCCGUGGCUUUGUCGUCCGUCGCGGCGCUCUGAAAUUGGCUUACAACGACCGCGGGCAAUUGUCGUACGCCAGCAGCGAGACCGGCAGCUCCAAGUUCCGCGUCUGGUACAAUUACGACUACCGCGGUCGUCUGUCGGUUUGGCGCGACGACAAAGGCAACGUGACCCAGUUCUUCUACACCAAUCCGCUCAAGCCCCAGCUGUUGACGCUCUUGCACUGGCCCAAGGAGAGCCGGACAUUGAGAAUGUACUACGACGUCAACGAUCAUUUGAUUGCCGUCGAAUCACCGGAGCAGCGCUGGUACGUUGCCAGCGAUGAAACGGGCACGCCUUUGGUCGUGUUCAACGUUCACGGCUCCGUGAUCAAGUUGACGGAGCGGACGCCGUUCGGAUCGACUGUCCUCGACACGGAAUCCACCGUCUACAUCGGCGUGGAUUUCCGAGGCGGAAUCCUCAGCCCGCACACCGGAAUGAUUCAUUUUGGCGGCCGAGUUUACGAUCCUUCCAUCGCUCAGUGGCUCACGCCCGAGUGGGAGCAUCUCGUUUCGCGGUUGAAGAAUCCCCAGGACAUUUUCGUCUACCGAUUCCGUGGCAACGAUCCAAUCAGCAUCGACACAGAGCCCCGCUACAUGACAAGUCUGGAUGACUGGCUGCAACUAUUUGGCUAUUCGUGGAACAACAUUGUCGGUGCGGAAUACAGUUCGGCGGCCGUGUUCAGUCAAGUAUCUGAAACGGACACGAAGAAUGCCGUUGGACACUUUGGAGUCAUUUCCGGCUUACGCUGUCUGACUGAAAACGUGCAAAAAGGAUUUUCCGUUCUCAGUUUUGUGCCGCCUCCCAAGCUGCGGUCAGGAGGCGAGCUUAGACGGAACCCCCUGCCCAGUAUCGCUUACCGGAAGCCGGCCUUGGGUGAAGGUAUCCUCCUCUCGCGGGUGGGUGGUCGCGUGUCUGUCACUUUGUUGCCCGACUCGCAGGGCAGCAGCGGUGGCAUAUUGCAAGACGUGUUGGGUUCGGUCCUGGGCGACAGUUCCACCACCCACUGGUUAGACAUCCGCACGGGAAUGGGCCAACAGGAAAUCUUCUACUUUGUCAAGGAAAGUCUGGCGAAAUUGCGCGACGACCAGGAAGAUUUGAAGCGUUUGAGUGGCCAGUUCAACAUCACGCUCGUUGAAAACCCGACGGAACAAGGAGGCGGGUCUGAAUUGCGAUUGGCCAAUGCGGAUCUAUCCGUCAGCAUCAGCUACGGUGUCGAAGUGGAAGCGGCUAGACAGCGAAUACUCCGGUCGUCUCAUCGGCGAGCGGUUGAAGUCGCUUGGCUGCGCGAGAAACAGUUGGUGGAAAGCGGAUUGCCCGGCCAGCAGGUGGACUGGAGCGUUGAAGAAAGGGUGGAGCUGAUGACCAACGGAAGAGUCGACGGCUUUGUCGGCUCGGAUUUGCACAGCAUCUACGACUACCCGCAAUUGGCCGAUGAUGCCAGCAACAUUAUUUUCCGGAGAGACGACACCAAGCGAAAACGGCGCAAGAGCCAUCGCUUGUCGUCACGCCAACAAAGACGGGGGCAACACUGAAAAAAAAACAGGGUUUUAUAAUUAAUCCACCAAACCCAUGAUCGUACUUCGAAACUAAAAAAUAUUGUGCUUUGUAAAAAAAAAAAAAUAACAAAAAUAACAAAAAAAUCUGAUUAUGAUUACGGUGCUCUGUCAUUCUAAUUUGUAAUCUUUGACGGAAUCAUUUGCGCUGUAUUUUUACGUCACCAGGAAAAGAAAAACAAAAAACUGCUCGAGCCGAAAAAUGAAGCGUAGUCAUCACCGUCUCAUGUGAUAAUCAAAUAUCGAGAUGGAAUCCGAGUAGAAACAUUCUUCGACAUAUUUGAUGGUUUAUUCAUCUUUUUUUUUACUUUCCUUCCCUGUCCAUUUCUAUAUAUUACAAACACACCCACCAGUAAAAGAGAUAUAUUGAAAUCACUACUGACAUUGGAUCCUGUUUUCUUUUGUACUUUAAGAAUUGUGUUUAGAGUUGUAACGUUUUUUUUCUGUUAUUCCUUCGUGUACAUAUAUUAUUCUGAUAUUUCUUGACCGAAGCGAUGCGUCGACAUCACACCGCCAGAUUUAUUUGGGACUCUUCUCUAUUGGCAUCAUUUGUUGCAAUAUGUUAUUUCUGAAGAGUGUGCGAUUUGAUGACUCUACAUGCCAAAAUUCUCCUUUUUCAAAUGUGCGUGUGUUAUUUGAACAUGGCGGGCCUAACUUUUGUGUGCGUCAAGUGUCAUAAUAUUCACAUCUUUAUCGUAUAUAAUAAUCUCGGUAUGCAAAACAAAAAAUUCAUGAAUCUGAAUGAUUAUGUGCAUCUGAUAUAAAUACAUAUUGUUGUACUGUAA